AAUUAACAAUUUCAACAACAUUUAAAUUUUCAUUUCAUCAUUUUUAAUUAUACAUUUUGGAAACUAUAUAUAUGUCUGCAGUGGUACCUCAAAGUUUAUGCAAUACAAAAUGGGUGGGAUGAAGAUAUAUCAUAGUCCUUGUUCAGGUGCUCUCUUGGUUCUGGGAUUAAUUCUGAAUGUAGCACUGGUUAGCAAUGCAGGAAAAUCAAGUGCUUUCGUCAGGAAAGUCGAAAAAUCUGUUGAUAUGCUUCUUGACAGUGAUGUUUUUAGACUACCUCCAGGACAUAAUGCUCCUCAACAGGUUCAUAUAACACAAGGAGAUCAUAAUGGAAAGGGUGUGAUUGUGUCUUGGGUUACUCCAAUCGCGGCAGAUUCUAGUUCAGUGGUGUAUUGGACUGAAAACAGCCAACAUAAGUACACAGCUGAAGGCAUAGUUACCAAAUACAAGUACUACAAUUACACUUCUGGUUACAUUCAUCAUUGUACCAUUGAAAACUUGGAGUAUAAUACCAAAUAUUAUUAUGAAGUUGGGACUGGAAAAUAUGCAAGGACUUUCUGGUUUGUGACUCCACCAGAAGUUGGUCCUGAUGUACCAUACACUUUUGGUGUCAUAGGUGAUCUCGGCCAAACAUUUGACUCAAACACGACGCUUACACAUUAUGAGAUGAAUCCAACAAAAGGGAAGACCCUUCUUUUUGUUGGGGACCUAUCUUAUGCUGAUCACUACCCAUUUCAUGACAAUGUGAGAUGGGACACUUGGGGAAGAUUUGUUGAGAGGAGUGCAGCUUAUCAACCAUGGAUUUGGACAGCCGGAAAUCAUGAACUUGAUUAUGCCCCUGAAAUUAAUGAAACAGUGCCCUUCAAGCCUUACACUCACCGAUAUCAUGUACCGUAUAAGGCCUCAGAGAGCACUUCUCCUUUAUGGUAUUCAAUCAAGAGAGCUUCAGCAUUCAUUAUUGUCUUGUCCUCAUAUUCUGCAUAUGGUAAAUACACCCCUCAGUAUGAAUGGCUUGAGAAUGAGCUUCCUAAGGUAAACAGAAGUGAAACACCUUGGUUGAUCGUCUUGGUGCACUCGCCAUGGUACAACAGCUACAACUACCAUUAUAUGGAAGGGGAGACCAUGAGAGUCAUGUAUGAGUCCUGGUUAGUGCAGUACAAAGUCGACGUGGUCUUUGCUGGUCAUGUGCACGCAUAUGAAAGAUCUGAACGAGUGUCUAAUAUUGCAUUCAACAUCACAAAUAACCUAUGCAACCCUGUAAAGGACCGUUCUGCUCCAGUAUACAUAACCAUUGGCGAUGGAGGAAAUAUUGAAGGAUUAGCAACCAACAUGACUGAACCCCAACCAAGUUACUCAGCUUACAGAGAGGCUAGUUUUGGGCACGGAACAUUUGAUAUAAAAAACCGAACUCAUGCUCACUUCAGCUGGCACCGUAACCAAGAUGGUUACUCUGUCCAAGCCGAUUCCAUGUGGCUACACAACAGAUACUGGAUGCCUGAGGACAGUUCCUCUGACAAUUGAUGUUGAUCACAACAGAAAAGAGUUAUUUUCUUCUCACAGAAUAAUCUCAUUAACUUGUGUAUUCCCAUUUUGUAUCAUAGAGUAAUGCUUUGUUGGUGCAUACUAUUCCUAUGUUAAUUUUACAUCAUUCACUAAACAAAAUUGCACUUUUAAAACAUAAUAUUAUAAGUUCUGAUAGCUGCAAUCAGAAAAGGGUUGGUUAAAAAA